AUGGAGUUAGCCGAUAGUUGUUUAAAAGACUUUGCCAUGGUGAUCAGAAAUACUUUUUUGCUGACGCUUGUCGUCUUCAUUGUCGUGGGUUCUGCGCAAGGUGCCAAUAUUUUGGGCAUAUUUACCAGUCCAAGCCCUUCGCAUAAUAUUGUUCACCUUUCGGAGGCAAAAGUAUUGGCCGACAAUGGUCACAAUGUAACGAUUAUAACUUGUGCGAAACUUCCCGUGAACCAUGAAAAUUUUACCGUUGUACGCAUUCCGAUAAAUAAAGAAGCGGAACGUCAAAUAAACGAAGGCUAUGCGGCUAUGGUUCAAGGUGAUAGCACAUCCUUUAUUGGAAUGUUGUUGCAUAGUUCAAAAUUUAUGAGAAACAGUUUACAGAUUAUGUUUGAAGUGUUAAAGGAUCAAAGAGUGAAAGAUCUGUAUGAGAACAAGGAUAAUAAAUUUGAUUUGGUCAUAAGUGGAUAUUUUGUGAACAAUUAUCAAUUCGGUGUAGCUCACAAACUCAAGGCUCCUUUAAUAAUAUCAUUUUCGGCGCAACCUUUUGGAAUACUUAACACUUUAGUAGGCAAUCCCUUAGAGCUGUCAUACGUUCCGGCAAUGUACACUGUAGUGAAGACGGGAGAGACGAUGACUUUUGGCCAACGAUUGUAUACAUUUGCUUUAACCGUAGUUCAAACAAUUUGGUUUAUAGUCUUCGAAUGGGAGAAUGAAAGGCGUUACUUGGAGCUGUAUGGAGACGAUCCAUCUAUGCCCAAAUAUGCGGAUCUCAAUAAAAAUGUUUCCCUAAUGUUUAUUGCCACUCAUGGACUUAGUGAAGGACCCAUAAGACCAAAUGUGCCAGCUUUCGUGGAAAUUGGAGGCAUACAAGUCAAAGACAAGCCAGAUCCUUUACCCAAAGACAUUGAACAGUUCUUAAAUAAUGCCACCCAUGGAGCUAUACUUUUAAGUUUGGGCUCAAAUGUGAAAGGAGAUCAUCUGAAACCAGAAAUUGUGCAAAACAUGUUCAAGGUAUUGUCGAAUCUCAAGCAGAAUGUCAUCUGGAAAUGGGAGAAUCUUGAACAAACACCCGGAGAAUCCUCCAAUAUACUCUACUCCAAAUGGUUACCACAAGACGACAUUUUGGCCCAUCCUAAUACUAAAUUAUUUAUCACACAUGCGGGCAAAGGAGGCGUCGUUGAGUCACAGUAUCAUGGCAAGCCCAUGUUGGCUCUUCCAGUCUUUGCAGAUCAACCCACCAAUGCCCAAACUAUGGUUAGCCAUGGAUUUGGUUUAAGUCUUAAAUUGCUCGAACUGCAGGCGGAUGAAUUUCACAGUGCUAUCAUUGAGUUGCUUGAGAAUCCAAAGUAUACCACAAGUGUUCAAACUUUCUCGAAUCUGUUUCGAGAUCGUCCUUUGUCUGCCAGACAAACUGUUCUCUAUUGGUCUGAAUAUGUGAUAAGGCAUCAUGGGGCAAAGCACAUACAGAGUCCUUUGGUACAUAUGGACUUUAUAUCUGCCAACAAUUUGGAUAUUUUUGCCUUAUUCCUACUGAUCAGUUUAAUCAGUUUAUGGUUAACCAAGAUCAUGUUGACAUUUGCCGUCAGAAAGUUUAAGAGCAAGUCAUCGAUGUUGGCAAAAAAAAUAAAAGUCAAGACUAAGUAA